AUGACGCUGAUUAAUGCUGGAACAUUGUACCUGAAGCAGUCUCGUCCUUUUUUUCGGAUUGGCCUUUGUCUGAUUUUGAUUGGUGGAAUAACUUCGUUUUCUCAACAAAUUUUGCGCUUAUUUUCACUAACUAGCAGUGAUUUGAUGAGAUUUGAAAUAUGGCGUUUGUUCACUCAUUUCGUCUUCGAAACCAAUGUCUUUGCAAUUAUUGCAAUGAUAUGGAGUCUUCAUCAAGUAGCAUCAUUAAUGGAGCCCAAUUGGGGUUGGUUUGAAACGACCAAAUAUUUAUUCCUUGCACAGGUAGAUUUUAUAUAGUA